AUGAACAAAAGCGGUCUAUCCAUCUCAAUGACCUGCAACUGCUUCCGUUCCCGGGGGCAGCGGCCGCAGUUCAAGUUCUUCUCCUCCAUCUCCGACUUAGAAACCCAGCUGAGAUUCCUCUGCGAGAAACCCAAUAAUCGUUUCACUGAAGCAGUUUCACUGUUUCACGACUCCCUCAAUUCUACUUCGCAUUUGCCCUCUCCUUCAAGUUGCAAUUAUCUUCUUUUGUCACUGGUAAGGUCCAAAAACUACGACUUAGCCUUUUCAGUAUAUGGGAAGAUGACCAUCGUUGGUAUCCUGCCUGACUUCAUGUCACUAAGCGGUUUGAUUGAUUGUUUUGUUCAUACCCGUCGGCCAGAAUUCGGGUUUGGGGUGCUUUCAUCUAUAUUGAAGCGUGGAUUUAGUCCGAACGUGUAUAUUAUGAAUCUCAUGUUGAAGGGUUUGUGUAGAAAAAGUGAAGUUGGCAAGGCAAUGGGUUUGUUGAGUAACAUGAGAAGAGUUAAUCUUUCUCCUGAUGCUGUUAGUUACAACACGGUCAUAAGUGGUCUGUGUAAGGAGAAUCAACUAGAAAGCGCAGUGAAUUUGUUAGCAGAAAUGGAGGGCGCAAAUUGCGAGGCAAAUUCCUUCACAUACGCAACUCUGAUGGACAGUCUUUGUAAAGAUGGUAAAGUGGAGGAGGCUUUGUCAUUGUUGGAGGAGAUGAAGAAGAAGGGUUUAGAUGCAGAUGUUGUUGUUUAUGGUACAAUCAUAAAUGGGUUUUGUAGAAGAGGAUCGUACAAUGAGGGAAAGGCUGUGUUUGAUGAGAUGCUGCAGAGAGGCAUUCUUCCAAAUGUAGUUGUAUAUAGUUGUUUGCUAAAUGGCCUUUGUAAGAUGAGGCAGUGGGAGGAAGCUGUGACUAUGUUAAACACUAUGUCGGAAAGGGGCAUUGAUCCUGAUAUUGUUACACACACAUGUCUGAUGGAUGGGCUAUGCAAAGAUGGAAAAUCUAAGAAGGCGGUAGAAUUAUUUCAUCGAGUCAUAGCAGGCAAUGCAAAGCCUACUACUGUAAUGUAUAAUGUUCUAAUUAAUGGACUGUGCAAAGAUGGUCUUGUCGCUGAUGCUUUCAAGAUCAUGGAAAUGAUGUUGGAGAAGGGGAGGAAACCUGAUGUGGUGUCUUACAAUUCAUUGCUAAUGGGACUUAGCAAUGAUGGUCAGGUUGACGAGGCACUAAAAUUUUUCUUUUCUGUCCUGAAGGAUGGUGAUCACAUAGAACCAGAUGUGUUCACAUUUAACAUCCUAAUCCAGGGGCUAUGCAAGGAAGGUCGCCUUGAUGAAGCUAUGGAAAUAUUUGAUAUGAUGAUUGAUCGUGGAAGUUCUGGUAAUUUGAUUACUUACAAUGUCUUGAUUGGGGAGCAUCUGAAGGCAGGUUCAAUUGACAAAGCCAUGCAAUUCUGGAAAGAGGUUCUCGAACUGGGGCUUGUUCCCAAUUCAAUAACAUACAGUCUCAUGAUUGGUGGACUUUGUAAGAUACAGUUGCUGAAUUUAGCAAAAGGACUUUUUACUAAAAUGAGAAUGUGCAGGCUUAUCCCUACAUUAUCCGACUACAAUGUACUGAUUUCAUCACUUUGCAAGGAAAGCAGCGUGGAGCAAGCAAUGAGGUUGUUUCAAGAGAUGAGAGAUUGUCACCAUAUUCCUGACGUGAUUUCCUUCAAUACAAUGAUUGAUGGGACACUAAAAGCUGGAAAUAUACAGUAUGCCAAAAAAUUGCUCGAUGACAUGGUUCAAUUGGGCCUUGCUCCAGAUGCUUUUACUUAUGCCGUGUUGAUCAAUAGAUUAGCGAAACUUGGACAAGUGGAAGAGGCUAGAAGCAUCUUUGAGAGAAUGCUUUCCUCGGGAAUCAAACCAGAUGUCCAUGUAUAUGACUCUUUAUUGAAAGGAGUCGUUUCGAAAGGUGACACUGAAGACAUCAUAAAGCUGCUACAUAAAAUGGCAGAGCAGGGUGUUGUUCUUGACUCGAGGAUAUUCAACACGAUCUUGGUUUGUCUAUGUGACAGCCCUGCUGAUUAUAAUAUUGCAGAGAUCUUGCCAGAAUUUCGUCAUGAGAUAUCAGAAGGAAAGAACUUCUCAUGUGAUGAUGUGUUGACGAAAUUGAAAGAGGCUAUUCCUAAAUUCAAGGCACUUGCUGCUUGA